UGUGGACAGUGCACGUGAUGGGACGUCACGUGACGUACGCGUCACCGAGUAAAGGGGGCGCGCCUCGUCUCUCGCUCACACUGCUGCAGUACGUGCUCGAACAGCAACACACACACAGCACAACUUUAAAAACGGAAGGUGACCUCACCAGACUGUUGCUCUCCCCUCACUAGAGACGUCAGGGGUUCGAAGACCCCGAAAACCAAUGUUGGGGCCCCCGACGCAUACCUUCUAAACCGCUCGUGUGUGUGUGUGGUUCGCGGCGCCGUGCGGACACAUGUGUGCCAGCCCUCCGGGGGGGUGGUGUGUGAUUGAGUAGCGACCCCCCCCACCCAGGACCCAGGGGCCCGGGGCCCCGCAUGGCGGGCUGCAGGGAGAGAGGGCCCCGGCUGCAGCGGCCGUGGUCCGUCUACAGGGCCUCCACCUUCGAGCUGUCUGCAGAGAUGAUCAGCCUGACGCUGGCCGGAAACAGCCAGGAUCCAGAUGAGCCCGUACUGGAGUUCAGCUUGGCGUGCUCGGAGCUCCUCCCCCCGGCGCCGGACAGGAAGCCCAGUAGCUUUGUGGCGGCGAGCGUAACCACGCCCCCUCAGGGCUUCUGGACCAAACACGCCCAGACCGAGGUCAUCGAGGGCACCAGUAACCCAAUCUUCCUGAGCAGCAUGGCCUUCUUCCAGGACUCCAACAUCAGCCAGCAGACGCAGGUCAAACUGUCCGUCUACGACGUCAAGGACCGCGCCCAGGGAACGAUGUACAUGCUGGGGUCGGCCCUGUUUCCUGUGAAGGAGCUCUUACAGAACAAGGAACACAAGCUGAGCCUCGUGUUGAGAUCGGCGGAGAACCAGUGUGUGGGGACCAUCACGGUGGUCGCGUGGCAGAGUGAGGAGAGGAGGGACCAGCAUCUGUCCAGACUGCCCGACCAACUCAACGGACGGACGGUGUUGUCGGUGGACGAGAGCCUCACAGAGUCCAUGGGGGUCCGGACCAAAUACUCCUCCCUGAGCAAGGACCCCCUCCUGCGCUCGGUGUUCGGGGGGACCAUGUCCCGGAUGUACCGCCUCCCCACCGUGGACGGGAUCCCCCUCAGGGUCCUUGAGCAGAUGGCCGAGAGCGCCCUGUCACUCAACGUCCCGCGGCAGUUCGUCAAGCUGCUGCUAGACCAGAGCACGGCCAGGGUGUGUGAGCUGGACGAUCUGGGCGAGCUGUCCCCCUGCUGGGAGGGUCUCAGGCGACAGAUCGUCUCCCAAUACCAGACCAUAAUACUCUCCUACCACGAGACCCUGACCCACCUCUGCGACUACAGAGGUCUGUGUGUGUGUGUGUGUGUGUGUGUGUACGUUCAUAAAUGUGUUUGUGUGACCUCUGAUCUCUGUGGCUACAGAGGUCAGCACCGGCCUGGGUUUGUGCUCCCUGUAUUUAUGCGAUCGCAUAAUCGUGUUUUUCUGGGAGGGACUGGUUUGUUCGUGUUUUUGUGUCUGUGUGUGUCUCUCUCUGUCACUCAAACAAACACACAGAAAGCAAAGUGGGUUUUACUUAACAUUCACUCAUCAUCUAGUCAGACUCUGUAUCACACACACACACACACACACACACACACACACACACACACACACACACACACACACACACACACACACACACACACAUACACACACUCUCUGUCUCUUUGUCUCGCGCACACACACACACACACACUGUCACACACACACACACACAAACAUUGUCACACACACACGGAAUCCCAUCCAUCCACGUAUCUUGUGUUGGAUUGUGCUUAUGGACUGCAGUGUUGUGGGUUUGUGUUUUGCGUAUUGACUGCGUGUGUGUUUUGUGUGUUUGUGUCGCUCCAGCUCAGCGCACUCAUCUGCGGCUUCAUCAUCAAGCUGAGGAGCUGUCUCCGUGACGACGGGUUCCUGCGGCAACUCUACACCAUCGGCCUGCUGGCCCAGUUUGAGUCUCUGCUAAGCACCUACGGAGAGGAGCUGGCCAUGCUAGAGGACAUGAGCGUUGGGAUCAUGGACCUCAGGAACGUGACCUUUAAGGUUACCCAGGCGACGGGAAACUCCGCCCCCGACAUGCUGCCCGUCAUCACCGGUAACCGUGACGGCUUCAACGUCCGCAUCCCGUUGCCGGGCGCCAUGUUUGACGCGUUGCCGCGGGAGAUCCAGAACGGCAUGCUGCUCCGGGUUCAACCGGUUCUGUUCAGCGUGGGAAUCAACGAGCAGCAGACGCUGGCCGAGAAGUUUGGAGACACCUCCCUCCAGGAGGCCCUUAACCUGGAGAGCCUGGCCCGGCUCAACUCCUACUACAGCCAGUUCAAAGAGGUGCUGCCGGAGGACUGCCUCCCCCAGUCCCGUUCCCAGACCUGCCUCCCGGAGCUGCUGCGCUUCCUGGCGCAGAACGUCCACGCCAGGAAGAACAAGAACGUCGACAUCCUGUGGCAGGCGGCCGAGAUCUGCCGGCGGCUGAACGGCGUUCGGUUCACCAGCUGUAAGAGUGCCAAGGACCGGACGGCCAUGUCGGUGACCCUGGAGCAGUGUCUGGUGCUGCAGCACGAGCACCGCAUGGCGCCCCAGCUCUUCACCCAGGCGCUGGACUGCAUGCGCAGCGUGGGCACCCGGGAGGGCGUGACCCAGAAGAACCUGAGCGGCGUGCUGCCCCAGCGGGAGCUCCGGUUGGACCCCAGCCUGCUCUACUCCCUCCCGCUGCUCGCCCUCAGCCCCAACCUGCUGCUGGUCUGGGUGUUCCUCAGCGUGGCCUACGUCCUGGCCCGCCUCCGCUGCACCUAAGCCCCGCCCACCCAGCGACGACGUAGCCAUAGUAACCACGGCCCCUCCGCCGAGGGACCAACGAGGAAGAAAGAAUGCUUCGGUUGUUGUUGUUGUUGUUUUUUGUUGCGUCGUUUUGGAGCCGCGGGUCGGAGGUGGAUGUCGACGUAGCCAUGGCAACCCCGGCUCACUCCUCCACUCAACUCCAAGAGAGAGUUGUGUGGAGGGUGAUGGAGGCUAGGGUGGGGUUGGAAAGGUGAGGGGUAGGGAUGAGAGAGAGAGGGUGACCAGUGGGGGUGUUCCUCAGUGGGGCCUACGUCCGCUCCCCCUAGAGGGUGGGCCGACGCUAUAUUGACCACGCGUUGCUACGAUUUUUUUUUUGCGGUGUUUUGGAUCCGAGUGGGUGGAGGUCGAGGCCUACUUCCUGAUCUGGCUCUGCUGCACCCAACACCCCACCCUAAAGUCGUGGCGGUCGGUCGCCAUAACAACCACGGUCCUCCACCUAGAGACAAACGAAGACGAAAGGACACAGCGUUGUUGUUUGUUUGUUGUUGUGUUUUCGAACCACGGGCUGGAGGUCGACAUAGCCAUAGCAACCACGGCUCACUCCUCCACCCAACUCAAAGAGGGACCAACGAGAGAGAGAGAGAGGGUGACAGAGGUUAGGGUGGGGUUAGAGAGAGAGAGAGAGGGUGACAGAGGUUAGGGUGGGGUUAGAGAGAGAGGGUGGCAGAGGUUAGGGUGGGUUAGAGAGAGAGGGUGACAGAGGUUAGGGUGGGGUUAGAGAGAGAGAGGGUGACAGAGGUUAGGGUGGGGUUAGGGGAAAGGGAAGGAGGUUAGGGUGGGGUUAGGGGUGGGGAGAGGGAAGGAGGUUAGGGUGGGGUUAGGGGUGGUUCAGACAGAGGGAGGAAGACGGAGAGAGCCCAACUCCUCCUGAGAAGCCAAGAGACCAACGCGGAAGAAACUAUGUUGAGGCCUACGCCCUGGCCCGCCUCCGCUGCACCUCACAUCCCACCCACCUAACGACGGAGGGUUGGUUGCCAUAGAAACCACGGCUGACCCCUCCACCUAACUCCGAACUCCUGAGAGACUGAGAGCCCAACGAAGCAGAAUGUUUUGCGAUGUUUUGGAUCCAAAGGGAGGGGGAAGGUGUAGGGGAAGUGGGCGGGGCCUAUGUGUGGAGGUGGAGGAUGGAGGAAUUUAACUGGGGACUCCUCCUGGCGCACACACAUUCACUCAAUCGCAUACGCACUCAAAGUCUUUCACUCACUCACUUACUCAUACCCAAACGCACACACGCACACGUACAAGACAAACACAAACAUGCAUACACACACUCGCUCACUCACAUUAACUUGCAAGGAUUCGUAGAAUCGGUUGCAUGUUCUGUCGCUCCCUCAUGUUCACUCCCUGUAUAACACUACUAAUGUCAAUAUUGUGGAGGUACAUUGUUUCCGACAAAAGUGAGAUGUAUUCGUACAAAACCGUGUCGAGUUAUAUUUGCCACCCUUUCGUUAACGUUUAAUUAGUGUUUUAAGAUUCCCGACAAAAGUAAGAUAUACAAACAGUGUCGGAUUACUUUUCGCCAUUUAUUAAUGUAUAAUUUGUGUUUCAAGAUUUUGCACUGAAGAUCGUCUCGAUUGCACAGCUCGCUAGCUCACUAUUGCUAACGCACGGGCACUCGUACAUACAUGCUAGGCUACCAACUCAAGCUCCAGUCGAGCUGAUGUUUUCUUUCUCCUGUUUUUUUUUUUCGUCUACUAUUUCGAGUACAUAUUUUUAUAUUUCAGCAGUUGUACUUUGCAGCUUAUUGACGCGUCAGUGAUGAAUGUAUUGUUAUGUAGCUUGAUAUAUUGAUGACAAGGUAUGAAUACUCCCUCUUCUGGAAAUGGAUUGUAUUCCGUCUAGCGGUUACCAAAUAUUUGUCUCUUUUUCUACUCUAAAAAUUGGGAUUUUCAUGCAAGGUUUCAGUGGAGAAGUUUUGCAGCCACUCAUAAAGUUGAGCUUUAAAGUGAGUCUGAAUGAAUUGCGACUUUAAUGUAGGAUAAGAUUUAAGUAGGAUAUUAACGUGAAAAGUCAUUAUUCAUCUGAAUCGUUUAUGCACACAGAGCGUUUAUAGAAGAGUUUUAUUUUCCUGCACUAUGCAGUUAGCAUUGUUGUCAGUUUUAUGGAUUUAUAAGAUGUAAGCUUUAUAGACUGAGAAAUAAUAAGUAAUAGAGUGAGUUUAUUUUACUGAAAGACAACGAAUGUCUCUUCCUUUUUUUUUAUAUUUGUAAUGAUAUAUAUUCUAAUCAAUAAUAUGCAUUUAAGGUACAGGGAAAGUAUUCUACGUGCCAAUCUGUUUGGUCACGCCUUUAAAGACGGAGAGAUGUUUUUUUUAAAAACCUUGUCUUAUCUGAGAGAUUAAGAUCCGAGAACUAAUCAAUCAAUAACCUUUAAUUAGCCAGAUGAAAAUUCAUUGAGAAUAGCAGGAAAGCAGCACUAUGAUAAAAUAAACACAAUCAACACUGAUGUAAAAUUCUCAUAAACCACAAUCAGCAUUAAUUAAUAUACAUAUAAUAAUAUAUAUAUAUAUAUAUUAAUAUAUAUAUAAAUCGAAUAAAUGAACCGCGACGGAUAAAAAUAAUAAACAUGGCCGUUAUCAAAAAUAUAACUUUGCAAACAAUUGCAUUGACCAAGAGAAAUAUCUUCUAUGUCCUUCAACAUUACUUUGAGUUCUACUAAGUACUUAUCAAUACUUAUUUUGUUGGUUCUAAAAGUAUGUUGUUGUGUAAUUCUUCCUUGGGUUAUCACCUAAUAAGAUUGAUUUUAUAGAAUUGUAUGGUUGGUUGAUUAGGUUAGGUCGGAUUAUUAGCGAUGUGAUAGAUUUCCACAGAAAGAUAUAGAAAGAUAGACGAGGCCUGCGAAAUUGAAUUGUUGUGUAUGUGUGUGUUCGCGUGUAUGUAUAUGUGCCCAUGUGCUUGUGUGUGUGUGUGUGUGUGUGUGUGUGUGUGUGUGUGUGUGUGUGUGUGUGUGUGUGUGCGCGCCCAUGUGUGUGUCUGUGUGAGCGUGUGUGUGAGCAUGCACGGUUUUAUUUAUUCAGAGCUGAUCAUGUUGUCUUCCAAACAGGCUAUUUCGCUUUUGUCCAAGUUUUAAAUCUGCACUUUCGGUAUCGGAAACGUCUCCUCUGGGAUGAAGACGUACUUCAGUUAAAGGUUCCAUCAGUGAUGUUGGGUGACGUCACUGCUGUUGGUAUUUGAAGCGAGAUCCAAAAAAAACAGAGCCAGCUCACCCGUCCCUGCACGAAACACCCGUGUUUCGUGCAUCCAGUAAAAACUAUCAUGAACGAGGCGCAAAACACCCACCCCCUAUCGGUGAUUGUUUGGAAUACUAUUUAUUUUGGUUUUGAGUGGUUGGUAGUACUAGUAGUACUACUGGUAGUAGUAGUUUUUUGUGUACGAUCUCUGAGCAUAGGCUUCCUACAGAGUUUUUUGACGGCCUGUUUAUGGGACGGCAGCUAGCGGAUCGUGACGAAAGAUCAUAUGAAUGUUAUCAUUUAUGUUUCGGCCUAGAAUCGCUGAUACAACCUUUAAAGUUCCAAUAUCACACCACCAGAUGUGAGUGUGAUUUGCCGUUAAAAGCUGUUUUCACAAGUGGCCAUGUCCACCUUGAUGCAUGACGGAUAGAUGAGCAACGAUUGGUACGGUCCACUGGGUAGGCUGGUAGACCAGCACACAUCUAGGCGGACACGCCCACUUGUGAUGUCAGAAGAGGCAGAUUUCCAAAACGGGUUGUAACGAUGAAUCACACUCACACCUGGUGGUGUAAUAUGGGACCUUUAACCUCAGUGAUUUCAAAGUGUUUCUAAAUGCAGUAUUUCCCCAAGAUCUUGCACCACUCUCAGCACAUUGUGUUCACUUUGGACGUGUGUCUGUCUUCCUUCAGUAUGGCCGCAGAAUAGUGGUUUUAUUUAGCAUAAAAGCGAUCAGGCGGUUGCUUCCCGAAGAGUUUGCGUCAACGAAAAAGUAAAUGCUUUUAAGGACAUCGCAAAUUUUUUACAAAAUCCUAACGAUUGUGUUUCGAAGCUUUGGAGUAUUCUAGGUUUGGAACGUAUCCAACUGCCCCUCCUUUCAGGUCUUCCCUCAAAGCCGUGGCCCCUCCUCAAAAACCACGCCUCCUCCAAAGCCACGGCCCCAACACCCAUAAUGUCAUUUCUUGAUGCGGGGAUCCCUUAAUGAGAAGGAGACUGAUUUUUUCACUUAACAAAUAAUCACUUUAGAUACAGACCUAAUAUCUGACCAAAUAUUUCCAGUAGAUUGCAGUCUAGUAUAGUGAGUUAUUCCUAUGCUAUGCCGACACGUUACACAUGACUUCAGGUUAUGGUACCAUGUCGACACGACGCAAUGACCACGCAGACGCUUCGACGCAGUCGUGAACCUGUUUCGGUUCCGGGUCGGGUUUUAGUGAGCGGACCAAUCACAGCCCGUCGCCUCGACGCAAGGUUACAACUUUUGGGAGCCGCACGUCCGGCCCUUGCAGUGGACUGAGGACGUAAUGGAUCCGUAAACCCCCUUGCGAUGCAUCGAUGUGGAACCAUAACUAAGCCUUAGCUCGCUAUCUAGCAACAGCCUUGUGGACGUCUCUUAACUAAUGAGAGCGCAGGAAGCCCUGUAUGUUAGUUGACAGACAGGUCGGCCCUCCAAUCAUUUUAUUUGGGCGCAAUUCAAUAAUGGAUGGGCUUAUUUGACAGUUAAAGAUGCAAUGUUUUUCCUUUUUACCGAUCUUUUGAUUUAUUGAUUGCCGUCAGGAUGUAAAGAGAAUCUCAACAAAUAUCAUGAAAAAAAAAUGGCCUUAUCUCGCUUUAAUAUUGCAUAUGUAUCAUUAAUGUCACGUUGCAUUGCAUAAAUGGUAUAUUGUUAAUCCAAUAAGUUAAGUACUUCGGGGUAUUAAAAGUGUGUCAUACUACCAUUGGAUGGAAAACUAAAUAAAGCAUUGAUUUCUAGUUUU